AUGGCUCCGUCCAUAUGGAACAUCAUGAAGCGCUCAACAUCUACUAGCGAGUCUCAGUCGAAGCUACAGAAGAUGGCGCCAGGACUGGUCAAUGAUACCGACUCCCAGUCCCGCUCGGCUGGCAGCAGCUUGGAAGUGACGUCGCAGUUCUCAUACUCUAGGGGCAAUGACUACUCUACGUUCUUGAGCGAUGUCCUAGUAGUCGGUGCUGGACCGGCUGGUCUGAUGCUUGCUGACAAUCUCGUGCGCUUUGGCAUCAAGACGCGCAUCAUCGACGACCGACCCGAUCGUACCUCUACCGGCCGCGCUGAUGGCAUCCAACCAAAGACAAUCGAGACAUUGAAGCAGAUGCGCAUUGCUGAACCGCUGUUGCGUAAAGGCGUGCGUAUUUAUGAUAUUGCUUUCUGGAAAUCGACCCCGCAAGAACCGUUACAUCGUACUGGCCGUGAGAUUCACUAUCCGCCGGUGGUAGAUCUGCUCGACCCAUACAUUCUCCUGGUACAUCAAGGCAUGGUCGAGGCGAUAUUCGAAGAUGACCUGAGGGAGCGUGGCACCACCGUCUCACGAAACACGGCCUUCGUAGACUUGGAAUACACCCCCAUGGCUAUCCGACCAUUGACGGUCAAUUGCCAGCAGGAUGUAAACCACUCGAAGAAAAGCUUCUAUACUCGAUACGUUGUAGGCUGUGACGGUGCACAUUCCAAGGUGCGAAAGUGCAUACCCGGAGCAACGCCUAUAGGCGCAUCGUCAGAUGCAGUAUGGGGCGUUUUAGACGGUGUUCUUGAUACAGACUUCCCCGAUAUCUGGAGCAAGGUCGUCAUACAAUCGGAGACUCUCGGCUCAGUGCUGAUGAUACCUCGUGAGAGAGGUGGAGAGCAGACCACGCAAGAAUUUGUACAGCAACGGGCACAAGCAAUCAUGCGACCAUAUCGGCUGAACUGGAAGAAUGUUGAGUGGUUUGGUCGGUAUAAAAUUGGUCAAAGAGUGGCGGCACGCUUCACCGACUCCGGGCAACUCGUCUUCAUCGCUGGCGAUGCUAGCCAUACUCAUAGCCCCAAGGCUGCCCAAGGAAUGAACACAUCAAUGCAUGACGCAUACAACCUUGCCUGGAAGCUGAACUUUGCUACACGAGGACUCGCCAAGCCUAGUUUGCUCGAAAGUUACGAGGAAGAACGGAAGAAGAUUGCACAGGACCUCAUCGACUUCGAUUACGAGCAUGCAAAUGCCUUCCACGAUGGAGACCCCGCUGCGCUUGCGGCAAACUUUGCAAAGAAUGUUGCAUUUAUCUCAGGCUACGGUGUGAGUUACCAGCCCAACGUGCUCAAUGUUAAAUCCAAGGGCUAUACUCGCGGUCAUCUCACGCCAGGCUUCUUACUUCCACCCGCCAAGGUAACUCGUUACAUCGACGCAAACCCAGUCGACAUACAGACUGACAUUCCCGCGCUUGGACAAUUCCGCAUCUACUUCUUCGCCCACAAUGUACAUACCGCGAUGCCAUUCCUCGACGUUGUAUGCCAUGCCCACACAGGCACUUCAUCAUAUGUCGGUCGCAUAAGUGCUGCUGGCAAUGCUUCAUACACCACCCAGCCCCCGCUGGCCGCACCUCACGAUCAAUUUGUCAUACCCGAGCGAUAUACACCGGUCAGUGGAGUCUUCACAUACGCUUUGGUGACCGAUAUGGACCGCAACAAUAUCGAGAUCAAAGACCUCCCGGCAGUUUUGCGCGAAAGCGCAUUCACAUUCUACCUCGACGAUGUACCCGAGCAAGACACCCGCAAGCAGAAGGUCAUGGACAAGUGGCUUGACGGCUUGGAUGAGAAUGAGGUUGUGGUGUUGAGUGUGCGUCCGGACGGUUAUGUUGGAACGGUGAGGCGCUUUACGGAUGGUAGUAAAGAAAGUGGACAAGUCGCAGUACAGUGGCUGGAUGAGUAUUAUGAACAAUUUAUGCGGGAUACAUAG